GAGUCAACAGGAACCUGAAUCAAAUUUCUACAUCUUCAACAUGUCUGCUUUGAUUGACCAUCUAAAAUAUCAAGGAGAACAGAACAAGACAGCCUCCUACUUUAACAUCGACAUUCUCAAAUAUCAGUUGUUGCCCCAGCCUGGAGUAGAAAGUACUCCACUGACAGUGGUGGCGUACUGGAAAUGUAAAGAGAAUACCACUGACUACUACCUGGACUACAAAUACAACCCCAUGUCAUCACCGUCAACUCUCAAAAAUGUUCAAGUAAUGGCAGCUGUAAGUGGAGGUGUCAGCAACAUGCAGAGUAUUCCCCCUGGUGACUGGAAAGAAGACAACCAGCGGGCGACAUGGAGGCUUAACGAUUUAUCAGAACUUAGUGAGGAAGGAAGUCAAUGCAGCAUCAGAGCCAAGUUUGAGUUGAAGUCAGGCCCCUCCCGGCCCUCACCCUCAGCCAUCCAGUUCCUGUGUGAGGGGGCGUGUCUGUCUGGCCUGGAGAUGGAGAUGGUAGGGCCAGUACAGGAUAUCCCUACUGAAAAAGAGGUUUGGUGCAGGUAAAUAUUUGGUGGAUCCGGAGGCCCCAGUUUGACCAUGUUUGGGAUCUAGUUUUAUCCAAUUACCAAUGGGGUGACAGUGACAAUUACCUCAUUCACAAACUUAAGUCAAUUGACCACAAUGCAACUUACUAAUGGAGUAGGAAUGUCCCAGAAUUCCAGUCAAAGACAGCAGAGGAUGUACGGGUGAUUUAUCCUUGGAGUGAGGAAGCAAGGGAAAUA